AUGGACACCUCUGUAGACUCUGUCCUUCUCGCCACCACGGUCCACAGGCGCAGUCAGACAAAACGGACCAGAGGUCAGGUUUCUUUGUUGUUCUUUGAAGUGGCACGUCGCAGCAAGAUGGGAUGGGCUCGUCUGCACAGGAGUCGAAACCGUUGCUUGCCCCAUGCCAGCGAAUUUGCCCGCAAGCCCGCGGUUCGUCUGGUGCAUGCUCACGCCUAUAAAUAGGAGACGUAAAGCCCAAUGGAGAAACGGCUCUCUGUCCUCCAGCUCACCCGUUUCCUCUCCCAUCACCUCUUCUAGCUGUCCUGGUCAAGCGAGGAGCAUCUUUUGUUUUACAAGCCAGCUGCCCGUGAGUCUGAGUCCAUAUACACAUUAUCUACCUCGCCCUUCCCUUGCUGAUCCGACCUUUCUCUACACCGCAGACAGGGCUCGUUAG